CUCGAAAUUCGGUGAAUCAGCCUAUCAGUAAUUUUAUGCUCAUAGGGCAAAAAUCGAGUAAAACGCUCAUAAUUCGACAAAUGAAAAUCAGAAAACUAAAGCAAAAUAGACUUAUUCAAUACUCAUCAUAACUGAUCAAGUGGUAAUAGUUGCGAGCGAAAAGCGAUUGAAUACAGUUGAGAAUUUUUCCUCGUUAGAUGUUACUUGUAACUAAGGAUAGAUAAGAUUACAAUACACAAUUUUGUCGCAUGGGGAGAGUAUGAAGAAUGUGACAUUUAAGAAUAAAAAUAGGAAUGAGGGGAAGAUGACGUUGAAAAUAUUGCAUCUCUCUAAUCAAAAUAGGUACUGAGAUUAAAGUAUGAUUAAUAGAGAUCGUUUAUUUUUUCCUUAUAGAAUCUCAAGAUAUUUAGUAUUGACUUGGUUGUUCGAAUAGAACGAAUUAAUGAAAACAUUGUCCGAAAUUUCAGCCAAAGAUGCGUAAAUUAGCCAUUUUUCGACAUAUUUCAAGUCAAAAAAUUGCUAUUUUUCACUACAUUCCAAAUUAGAAACAAAAAUGGAAGUACAUAAGACACGUGUAUGUGCAUGCAGCAGUGUCAAAGGCCUCAAAAAUGUCUACUUUACCCCUAAUGUCUGCUAAGAAUAUGCGGAACUUUACAUAUCAUAUAAAAUAUCACGUAUAUUAGUAGUUAUAGAAAAAGUAAAAAUAUGAAUACUCCAGCAGCGGACAUUUAUAUUAGUGGACUUUUCGAUUCUUUGCAAAAUGUUUCUCUCUUGGAUUGAAUGAUAUCUUUAUAAAGAUUUAUUAUGAUCUAUGGAAUGUGAAGGUAUAUAUUUCUUCAGAUGCAUCUUCAUCGAUGUGUUUUUUUUAAGCAUGUAGAGAAAUUCUUUUAUGAAUAAUAAUGAUGAUCUAUUGAAAAGAGAAAAGUCUGUUAGGUGAAAAGAAAAUUCCACUAAGAAAUAAAAAUGUAAGAUAUAUUAUCAGAGUAUGAUAGAAAUUUGGCCUUCUUUUGAUUGAUUACUAAAGUCCUUCUAUUCAUUAACGGACAGUAGAUAAAAUGAAUAUAUUCGGGAUCUUUAACAAUUCUCUCUUAGUCAUAUCGCCAAUCGCGGGUAAACUCAAUUUUUUUUUGAAAAACUUAAACAUGUUCACAAAAAAAACCUUCCAUGAGGAUUUUAUUGUCUGAAUCAAUAAUAACUCAACAGAGCAAAGGAUCUAGGUGUUGAGAUUUUCACUUUUGGUGCACUGUGUAAACUUUAAUAAAUUGUUUGUAUUUUUUUUGUUUAGUUUACACCCGAAAUGUUUUCAUCACUUUCAUCAGAUUUUGAUAAACAAAUGCAAUUAAUUGAUGAAUAUUUUUCAUUAUGGCAACGUUCAAAAUCUUCACAAUUAACAACAACAAUUAAAACAAUACUUUCGAAAUUUACUUUUGAUUCUAAACAUUUUUUAACUUAUUGGAAAACUAUUCUUGAACCUAAUAAUCAAGAAAAUAAUUCUGAUAUACAACAAAAUCGUUUAUCAAAUAAAAAAUUAAUUAUAUCAAAAACAAAUGAAUUAAUAUCAACAAAUUCAAUAAAUACAAUGAUUAAUUGGAAAAAUUUAUUACCAUCAUUAGAACUUUUACAUAAUGAUCAAUUAUUAAUUAAUAAUCGACAUAAAUUAAUUCGUCCAAUUUUUCUUAUGCUUGAAAAAUCUUUAAAUCAAACAAAUGAAUUCGAACAAAAAACAUAUAUUCAUCAAUUAUGUACAACAGCUUUACUUAAUCUUUAUACACAAUUAAAAUCAGAUGAAUGUAAUCCAGAUAUUUUUAAUAGUGAAAUUGUUAUGGAAUGUAUGAGACGUACAAAUGAUUUACAUACAACACAACAAUGUCUUAUGCUUUUAUCUAAAGGCGCACAAUUAUUUCCUGAAAAAUUAAUUAGUAUGAUUAUGGCAAUGUUUGCUUUUGUUGGUGAUCGUCUUGUACGUAAAGAUGAUUUAUAUAGUUAUCAAGUUAUGGAAAAAACAAUAAAAACUGUUAUACCAUCUUUAUAUAAAGAAAAAAAUCUUGAACAACGUCGACCAAUACUUGCUAAAAUUACUCAUGUUUUUGUUACAUCAUUAGCACAUUUACCAGUACAUCGUCGUCAAGAUAUAUUUCGUAUGCUUAUGGAAUCAAUUGGUCAAGAUGAAUGUCUUUGGUUUGCACCAAUACAAUUAUUUGAUUCAGUUCUUUUAUCACCAAUAAAUAGAAAAAAUGAAGAAACAUUAAAAAAAUCUUUAAUCGAUGCUAAUGAACAAAUGUUGAAUAGUUUUAAUCAAUUUUCAUCAGCAACUAUACUUAUUAGUCUUACACGUAUAUUAAAUGUUCUAUUAAAUCUACCUGAUCAAAUAACAAAAAAUCAAUCUACUCCAUCAACAUAUUCACAUUUAAUUGAUUUACGUUUAUAUACAACAAAACAUAUUCAUGUAUUUAAAUAUCAAUUAUUAGCAUUUGUUAAUAACAUUCUUUCUGCUGAUUUUUUUAUUAAAAUGAUUAAAAAUGGUCUACAUCAAGAAAAUGAACUCAAUUAUUUAAAUGAAUUAAUUCAAACAAUUCUUCAUUGUUUAUUAUGGGGUAAUAAAUUAUCUGAAGAUGAUAUUGAUAUAAGUCGUUAUAAUAAAUCAAUAUUAAAUAAAAUUUAUGAUUGUUUAAAUAAAACUAUUGCAUUAUUAAAUGGUUCAAUGUUUGUUAAUAUUAUAUCAAAUUUACUUCAACAACAACAAACAAAUGAAAAAUUACAAAGAAAAACUUUAGAAAUAUUAAAUAUACGUCUCAAAGAUGAAUUUACAACAGAAAAUGAAAUUGUAUUGUUUUUACCACAUAUGGAUAAUUUAUUAUCAAUUGUUAAUAAAUAUUCAACACAUGAACAAGAACAAACAGCACAAACAGCUUUAUUUUCAAUUAAAUUAUUAGCUAAACGUUUAGCUGAAAAACAUCCAACAGAAUUUUUAUCAGUAAGUUUAUAUUUUUAA